AAAUUUGUUAUAUAUUCCAUAUAAUUGAUCAUAUAAUAUUAAUCUUCUAGGUGUAACGUUUAUUUUAACGCUUUUUUUUAUUUUAUUUGUACGUAGUACCAUGGAAGUUCGUGGGUGUUUGUUGAUUUUCUUGUUUGUGAUCGGAUUUUGUUUGGAAAUGGCGAUAACUUGUAAUGCUCAAGGGAAAUGGAGUAAAAUUAUCACGGUCGAUCAAUCGGGGAAGAAGGGUAGCUACGUGAAGAUACAAGAUGCAAUUGACGCGGUCCCGUCUAACAAUGUACAACAUAUUUUUAUUAGGGUGGAGCCUGGAAUUUACAAGGAGAAGAUUGUUGUACCUGAAGAUAAACCCUUUAUAACAUUAAGUGGUAGAAAUGCAAAUACUACGGUUAUCACUUGGAAUGAUGGUGGAGAUAUAUUCAAAUCUCCUACUGUUAGUGUCUUUGCUAGUGAUUUUACGGGUCGUUACCUCACUAUUCAGAAUACAUAUGGUAUGACAAAGAAAGCAGUAGCAUUGAGGGUAACAAGUGAAAAGGCGGUGUUUUUUGCAUGUAAAAUUACAUCAUACCAAGAUACACUUCUAGAUGAGAGUGGGAGACAUUUCUAUUACAAUUGUUUCAUUGAAGGAGGCACUGACUUCAUCUUUGGAAAUGCAGCUUCUCUUUUCAAGCAAUGUCAUUUGCAUUCAAUCUCACAAGAAAAUGGGGCAAUAACAGCCCAAAGAAGAUCAUCAGAAGAAGAAAAAACGGGAUUUUAUUUUGUGGGAUGCAAAAUUACGGGUGUCAAAAGUUGUACAUUAGGCAGACCUUGGGGUCCUUAUGCUAGAGUGGUUUUCUCACAAACUUACAUGUCUAGUGCGGUUCUACCUCAAGGAUGGGAUGAUUGGGGCAAACCAUCUAUCCACAGGACUGCAUUCUACGGUGAAUACAAAUGCUAUGGACCAGGGGCUAGAAGAACAAGACGAGUUGAGUGGUCACUUAGCCUUUCUAAUCAUCAAGCCUCACCUUAUUUGACUAUGAGUUUGAUGGAUGGAAAAACUUGGGUUAGGGCCUAAUUUUAACCAUUUUAUUCAAAUUUAUGUAGGCAAUGUAUGUAUAAUUUGGAAAAUUACCAACAUUAUUGAUAAUGGAAUUUCUUUUAGUUUUUAUUCACCUCUUUUUUGUAUUUGUACUUGUUUCUUAGUUGUAGUAAUGU